AUGGACUGUACAGGUAAAGUUCUAAAGCUAAUAGCGGAAUCAUAUCCAAAUUUGGAGUAUCUCAAUAUAUCUGCUUUACCCGAAAGCUUUAGAUCAGAAAAUGAUAUAGGUUUAUCUGCAAUCGCACAAUCAUGCCACAAAUUAGAAUAUCUAAAUAUUUCUAUUCGCAAAGAGUUUUCUGAAAUAUUAAUUUGUAAUGUUAUUCGUUCUUGCCCAAGGCUCCAACAACUUGAUCUUAGCUAUUGUAAAAUUACUGAUAUAACUAUUGAAGAAAUUGCUAGAUCAUGUCCCAAUUUAAAAUAUCUUAAUUUGAGAGGGUGUUAUAUAAUUAGAAAAGAAGCCAUAGAUCAGCUCAUUUCACUUAAUCCCAAUAUCAAUAUCGUGAAUUUCGUGGAUACUAUAACGCCUCCUGAUCUCAUUGGAGUGGUUAUAAAUCAUCUUACACAGAACAACGUUGCUAGUAGACAGAUUUUAGCUCAGAGCCUUUUAGAUCUAAGUAUGCGAGAUAAUUUGCAGUGGUAUUCCGAUCCAGG